AUGGUCUUCAUCCUCUGGAUCAUCUACAGGCCCAAAACAGUAAGGGCUCAUGUAACCGCCGUUUUUCCCAGCGUCUUCACCCUCACAAGCAACUCCACUCUUGUUUACAACUUCACUCUCCACGUUAGCAUCCAGAACCCCAAUCGCAAGGUGGGCCUCUACUACGAUGACAUCUCAGCCGAAGCCCAAUAUGACAGUAUUCCUUUUGGGCUGGUCUAUAAAUUUCCGCCCUUUUUUCAGCAUAAAAGGAACAUUACUGUCUUCCCGCUAGUGUUUGUGGGCCGGGCUUUUGGGCUGAGAUCAGUUCAGAAGAAGUUUGAGAGGGAAAAGAGAGAGGGUUGGUUUUAUGUUGAGUUGAAGAUUUGUACAAAAAUGAGGUUGAAGAUUGAGUUUGUUAAAGUCGGGCGCUAUAGCCCGGAGAUUGAUUGCGCCGUUAAGCUACCGGUGAUGGCGAAUGGUUCUGAUGUGAAGUUUGAGAGGUCUGAGUGUGAUGUGGAUAAAUUCUAA